AGAAAAACAGCAGUGGCAUCGUUCAAAACAUUGACCCACCUAAGCAGCAGCAGCAGCAAAAAAACAUAAUGAAUUCCACACAACGGGAUUGCAGUGGUGCCAGUUUUGUGUUGGCUCAAAUUGAUCAAUAGAAUAUGAAUGUGUGUACAUAAUUGGAAACAGCCUCUUCACAAAAUGUUGUGAAAACAAUAAGUGGGACAAUAAUCCAAUUGAAGUAUUUUAUGUUUUAAAAUCUCAUAAGAAGUAUUUUCUCGAUCAUUGAGAAAAUCAGUCAUGCUACUUACAGGUAAUUGUUUAAAUCUGCGCACAGAAUGAGCACUACAUCUGGCAACACGUCCUUGUCGUAUAUUGAAAGCUCCCGUAGAAUAACGGAGCGUGACCGUAUACGCGGGUCAAAAUAGAUCCUGCAAAGUGAAUAUGAGGAAUGACCGAACCGACUGGUAAACAUGUGAACGGAGAUUAUAUUUCAAUCCCGUUAGUAAAUGAAUUACAUUUUUUCCGACCCUAAAGUUGUGUGGAUACUACCAGAGAUGCAAAGUUUCCCGGCGGUUAGCUGAGGGAAGAGAAAAUCAGCGAAACAUCGAAGAAAAAAUGUUUAGAAACCGGCGAUGAAAACAGAAAUCAAAACCAGUGCUAGACAAAGGAAAUGUUUCUCCACCCUUGCGGGUUUUCACCUCGGAAAGUCAAGUGUUGGAGCAGUGAAAAGUUUGCGGAGUGGAAAACAGUGUCCCUUUCUGGAAAAUGUGUGUUUAAAAGCUACUGGAUUAAUUACCGUGCCGUGGUGCUUUCGUACACGUGUGGUAAAAUGUGACAUUUUCACUUAAACAACAUUAGAAGCAUCAGACAAGCAAACAAAAAACGCGAAAAGAUAAGUCAUCGUCAGGUCUGACGAAAGGACAACAUUCGUAUUGUGUUUUUCACUUGCUCCUCGGAGCACACAGUGAAAACAAACACAACAUCACCCCAACAGUGACUGUUUUGAACACAACGCAGCAACUGACAUCGAACGAAAAUGGGAGACCGCGAUAUUCCUAGCGUUCCAAUUACCACCUUGGCAGGCCUUACCAGCCUGUCGGACAUGCUGAGCGAACUUCCCAUUUCGGAUUCCCUUUCGACGGUAUCGACUGCGCUGAAUCGGUCGUUGCUGUUUCAUCCGCGCGUUGCCGAGGAGGCUAACAAUCUGUUGGCCACGAGAGACGACAGCCUUAUAGGGCAGCUGGUGAACGCCAUCGAGCAGACCAAUUCAGACCACAUCGAAUUGAAGGACCAGUACGCUCAACAGUCGCCUAGCAAGCAGCUGCAUGAGGGACCACUGUUGCUGCAGGCGAUCCAUUCCUCGCGGCCUGAUGUGUUUAAUCAACCGCAGACGCUCCAGCAGCAAUUGGUGGCACAACAGCAACAGCAGCAGCAGCAGAAAAUAAUAUCCGCAUCACAAACUCAAGUUUAUAAUUUUCCAAGCGAACAUUAUUCUUCCAUUCAAACACACCAACAGCAUUUGCAACAGCAGCAGAUUUACACAAAUCAGCUAUUGCAGCAGGUCCAACAGCAACCGCGACAGCAGCAGCAUUUUGUUCUUAGUCAAUCCCCAAUCACUAUUCACCAUUCUAACCACCCACCAGUAGUAAUCCAGCAGCAUUUGCCGUCGCAACACCAACCUCAGACAACGGUCCAAUUUGCUCACCUGAGCCAACCUGUUGCUGCUACCAACCUUCCCUAUCAACAGCAAACGCCGACACCACCACCACAAAAAGUCAUUAUCCGACAAGUUAUUAACCUGCAAAAUAUUCCUUAUUCCACCCCCUCAGAGAAUAAUCAGCUCCAGACACAGCAUCAGCAAAUCUUCCAGCAAACGCAGCAACAUAAUCAAAACGUCAUAGUGGCACAUCAGUCGGUCAUCCAAAAUCAGCAAUCCCAGUUCCAUAAUCAACUUUCGCCACAAUCCCAGCCGCCACAACUGCAGAAGGCUGUUGAUCCACAUCGCACAGUAAUCCAACAGCCGCAUCAAGCUUCGGCGGCAGGAUCUUCCUCGAAUGUGCUUCCAGGAUCAGCAGCAGCUGCACCGCAGGCGGUGUCACAUCCGCCUCAGCUAUCCAAUCACGUUGCCCAGCAGCCACAGCAACAGGUUCAUAAUCAACCCGUUUCGCAACAGCAAUUGCACCAGAAUGUGAUAAACAAAAGUAAUAACAACUUACACAGUAGUGCCUCAGCAACACCGGCAGGCGGCCAGCGUUUGGCUAACAACGUUCAGCAGCAGAACCUAGGAGGAAUAGUGGUGAAACAGCAAUCUCACACCGCCAGUGGAAACGAGCAGCAAUCUCAGCUGAAAAAUGGUAGCACUACCCUCCAGAACCAUCAGUAUCUGCAUCCGCCGACAGGAGGCCACCAACAGCAUCAGCAUCCGAAUCAUCUCGUGAAACCUCCGGAGGCUGCCCCUCGGAAUAGUGAAUACCUGCAGCAGCAACAACAGAGUAAAAAUGUGGAUUCUCGAGGGCGACCCUCGCCAGCACAAGGCACAACCGCGCCGGAAACCGAUCCAAAUCACCAAACCACGCUGCGGAAACAGCAGGAUCACCAGCAGCAGCAAGCCCAAGUUGCAACUGCGGUGCAGCGAUUGGGUCAACCAACGUCAGUAGCAACACCACCAACGCCAAAUCCCAAGCCGGGUCCCGGUGGAACUUUAGCCGCCACUCAACAACAAAGCCUCAAACCGCUGUCGGUCGGUAGCGCGCUACAACGAGCAGGGAUGAACGCGAUGACUCCCAUCACAUCGAUUGCCGUCACGGGAGCUCUAAUGAGGGCGCCAUCCGCUACCACAACGGCCUCUACCACAACGCAUUCUGCCGCUGGGCAACAACAACAACCGCAAAAACAGCUCCCGCCGACUCCGGGCCGAAAAGCGGAAGUGGUGAACAUAAAAAAGCUUUGUCGUAUGAUGAAACUGGCGGAGGUGGAUAGUUUGAAGCUGAGGAAGUGUUCUGUCCGGCUCGAAAAGUUCAACGAAGGACAGCUCAAAAUGAUGCAGGAGGAUCUGAAGAAGUUUUCGGUGAGUGAGCCAAAGCUGGCGAUGCGGUUAGGGUUGGUGAAAAAAUCAACCGAAAUGAUAUUCAGCAAGAUGAAGGAAGACGAGAGGAGGCAUACGGGAGGUUUACCGAUGAAACGAAAGGCUCAGGAUGAAACGACCAAACCGGAGGAUUUCUUCAGUAAACCCAAAUUGAGAAGGGUCGAGAAACAGGCGACUCCCGUGGUUAAAAAAAUGUCCAAAGAAGAGUUGAUGAACACCAACACCUAUCAGAGGUUUAUGUCGAUAAUGGGGAAAAUUUUCGAUCAGUUGGAUGAGACUGAGGCGCCUAAUAUUGACGACGGAGAUGAGCAGAUGGAGUGCAUCCCAACCAGCAUGCUUAGUAAUAUUGGAGCGGAAGCGGCCAAAUUGAAGGCUCGAAACGCCAUCGAUGCCAUUCCAGAGAACAAGCUUACACUGCUGAUUACGUACGCAAUGAGGUCGGUGCAUUUGGCGAAGAAUCUUAGCGGUACAGAGCUGCAGGAUGAUUUGGUUGGAGACGAAUGCAUCGAGAAAAUUCUAAACGCGAUGGAAGCAGCCUUGUUAAUUUGUUCAAUCUACACUUGCAAAAACACCAAAUUCCUGCAGGAAGACAACAUCGAUGCGGUGAUAAAAUUUGUACAGUUUCAGUUGCGAGAAACAGUAUUUCCUUCCUACGAUCCGGUAUAUUCGGUCGAAACGAAGAAAAAGACCGAUGGCAAAAAGUCGAAAAAGAUUCCCAGUUAUCAACAGAAGGGUCUUUCGGUGCUUUACACAAAAAUUGUUGAACUGGCUAAACUGCUAGUGACAAUGUUCGAAAAGUUUCACUUUGUUGACACGAUUGUGAUUCACGCUUCCGCCCUCGGAGUGGAACCUUUUUUCGUCGAUAACAUUGAAACGCUUCAGUUCGUCUGUCUCGACCUGGUAACGUCCAUAUUUCAGAAUGAAAAGUAUUCGCACCAUCGAAGAAACAUCGUCGCGGAUAUUCUUUCUUCGAUCGAUCGUCUUCCGCACUCGAAACGGAACCUUCGCCCGUACAAGCUAGUCAACAACGGUGGCAACAUCCAGAUGAUGACGGCUCUCGUGCUCCAGUUGAUCCAAUGCGCUGUGGUGCUGCCUGAAUCGCUGGGCGAUACGAAUCCCAAGAAACUGAACAACGACUCCAUCAACAGCAAUCCGAAGUCGGCGGAUCUUUUCAUCAUCGGCAAGUAUGAUACGGCACUAAGCAUCGGGGGUAACUUUCUGGCAACCUUUCUGGACAAAUGCAAGAGCCGUUCGAGUGAAACCGAUUUCCGUCCAUUGUUCGAGAAUUUUAUCCACGAUCUGCUAACCACAGUGAACAAACCUGAAUGGCCUGCGUCGGAACUGUUGCUGAGCCUGCUGGGGACUAUGUUAGUGAAGAAGAUGUCCGACAAAGGCGUAGAACAGUCCAUUCGGGUGGUCUCGUUAGAGUAUCUGGGGAUUGUGGCCGCGCGGUUACGCAAGGACACCGUCGAGUCGCGCUGCAAGGUGCGAACGAUGGAUGCACUCAUCAAGUACAUCAAAAUCGAACAGGAGAAGGAAGGUGACGAGUAUAAGAAGGGCUCCAAAUUUCAGCUGGAUGUGGAGGAAGAAAGGACUGAAUUUCUGCAGAAAAUUUUGCUAGAUUUUCUGGCCGCAAAUGCACAGGAAGGGAAUAUCGUGUGGAACCACGCAAGGCAUUUCUACAUUACCCAGUGGUAUCGGGACAUUAUCCAGCGGAAGAAGAGUAUAGCGGAGGGCGAGAAGGGGUAUGCGUCUCGAAAGAAACAGGCGAAAAAGAGGAAAAAAUAUACCAGCGAUUCGGAACACUCGGAUGGUGCUGAUAAUGACACGGACGUCGAGGAAGUCAAAACCGGUGUCGAUCAGGAGUUGAAUAGUGAAAUUUUUCGAUUGCUGGACAAUCGGAAAACUACCUAUCUGUCCCAAAUUUGUCCGUUCGGUGGAAACGGCAAAAAUUCCACAACCAGUGAAAUUAAAACCUACAUCGAUUAUAGCAAUGCGAAUCUGAUCGUGCAGUAUCUUGCCAGCAAGCGGUCGUUUUCGCAGAGUUUCGAUAAAUACCUGCAGAAAAUUAUACUAGUCGUGCGAGAGCCGGUGGUGGCGAUACGAACCCGGGCGAUGAAAUGCCUCGGCAAUAUCGUUGAGGUGGACCAGAUGGUGCUCGCACGCAAGGACAUGCAGAUGGGUGUCCACCAGAAGCUGCUCGAUACUGCCAUCUCGGUGCGGGAAGCUGCGGUAGAUUUGGUGGGGAAGUACAUCCUCUCCGAUCCAGAACUGAUCGAUCAGUAUUAUGAGAUGAUUUCGCAGCGGAUACUGGAUACGGGUGUGUCUGUGAGGAAACGGGUAAUUAAAAUUCUUCGAGACAUCUGCAUUGAACAUCCGGAGCAUGAGAAAAUUCCAGAUAUUUGCGUGAAAAUGAUUCGACGAGUGAAUGACGAGGAGGGUAUCCAGAAACUGGUAAUGGACGUCUUUAUGACGAUGUGGUUCACACCGUGCAAUCCUAGUGAUAAGGGAGCGAUGGAUAGGAAAAUUACUCAGAUAAUCGACGUUGUUUGCUCUUCCCAUGAGACUGGAACUCAGGGCUUUGACGCACUGUUGAAAUCGAUCUUCGAACCGAAGGAAAACAAGGAGGACGCGAAGGCAAAGAAGGAAAUUCCCAAGGCGCUGAUCAAGGCUUGUCAGCAGAUUGUGGACGGUUUGGUCGAUGCGACGAUGAAACUGGAGAGUUCCGAAAAUAAAAAGCUCGUCGGUUGCAUCACGGCACUGCAUCUGUUCUCGAAAAUUCAACCUCAGUUGCUGGUGAAUCACGCGAUGACCCUGGAACCGUACCUCAACAUUCGCUGCCAGAAUGCCAUCAACUACAAAUUUAUCAGUAGUGUGGCGGAAAUAUUGGAACAGGUGGUUCCCCUGAUGGAUCAUCCCAGUGAGAUAUUUCUUGCCGAUUUGGAGUCGCAUCUGAUGAUGCUGAUUGUGACACAGAGCCAAGCAGUGGUGCUUAGUUGCGUUUCCUGCUUGUCGGCUGUGGUGAACAAGAUUACCAAGAACUACGCACUGAUACGAGACUGUUUUUCAAAAUUUUACUACAAGGGUUUGGUGUCGAGUAAAGAGAAACUAAUAUCUGACCCGUCAAUACCACUGGAGCAGUUGUAUCGACCCCAGUUCAGGCGAAGUAUUUAUACGGUUGGGUUGAUAAUGCGAUACUUCGAUUUUAAACAGCCGGAUGUUUAUGGCGGUGCUGAGGAUGCGCAAGGAGCGCUGCCGGCCAACAUAUGCGAGGAGGUGUACAACACGUUGGCAUUCUUUCUCUCCAGUAGUCACAGUGAAAUCUGCAAAGAAACCCUGCUGUCGAUGGGCAAUUUUUGCGUGAAAAAUUACGAGUACUUGACGAAGACAGAGCUGCGGGAAUACUACAACUAUUUGCUAACGCAAGACACCGUUCUAACGGAGAUGAAAAUAAACGUCCUGAAAAAUAUUCUCAUGUAUUUGACGGAGGAGGAGAACAAAAUGGUUCGCAAUGAUAAAGAAUGGGCUAAGCAAUCGCAAACGGAGGAUCUGAAAGAGAUGGGUGACGUGUCAUCCGGUAUGGCGAGUAGGGUGAUUCAAAUCUAUUUGAAAGAGACAUUACGGAGUUUCCUGCAUCGGAGUACUAGCGUGCGGAUGUGGGCGAUGCGAGUGGUUGAGAUUGUGCUGCGGCAGGGUUUGGUGCAUCCAGUACAAAUAGUUCCUUAUUUAAUAUGUUUAAGUACGGAUCCGGAAAAAGAGGUUGCACAUAGUGCGGACCGUCAUCUCCAGGAGAUCGAUAAGCAGUAUCCAGGUUUUGUAAAUAUGAAAUCUCACGCCGGUAUGCAGUAUUCCUAUGAACUGCAAGUUUUGCUGCAAAAGCGGGACGAUAAUAGUAUAGUUAGAGGUUAUAGGAUCCGAGAUCCUCAGGAACCACCUAGUGCGAUGAAUGGUUUCUUGUACACACUGUUACGCAAUACAAAACCCCAGCGACGAGCACUGGUCCAGUCGAUAACGAAGCAAUUUGACGACGGGAAAAUCUCGCUGCAGCAAAUGCUCUAUCUGGCCGACAAUCUAGCCUACUUUCCGUACGCAGUGCAGGACGAGCCAUUGUAUAUAAUACAUCAUAUUGAUGUGUUGAUUUCUGUUACCGGUACCAAUCUUCUGGCUACAUUUCGGGAGGGACUGAAGCCACCGCCUGGUGCGGAGAACAAUCCCGAUCAGCCUGCCAAUCCUCUGGAGGAUGAUGAGGAUGACGAUCAGGAUGUGAUUCUCAGUCGACUGCCAGAAGAUACGACCGAACUCCAGAAUUGCAUCACAUCUGCGCAAGGUUGUAUGCUUCUACUAAUACUCAAGCAGCAUUUGAAAGAUAUCUAUGGUAUCACAGACUGUAAAAUAUCCCGCUAUUCGCCAUCAGAAGCGGGAAAAAUCUACGAUAAGGCUAUGCAGAGGAGAUCAAAUUCACUGUUUGAUCCAAAGGCGACCAUUGCUUUACUGAAGGAAGAUGAAAAAACAGAAGGCAUUAAGACGAAAGAGGAGAAAGUCGAGCUGGUGCAGAGAUACCUGGAUUUCAAACAAUUGAUGCUGCGGCUUGAUCCAGACGAUCCGGACCUGCUGGACGAGGAGGAUCGUCUUCCUCCCAAGAAUGCCGAUACUAAUUCCACUACAACGACGCCUGUAAAGCAGCAAGGUUCGACCGGUGCGACCGAGGCUAACAAGAGUAACAGCAAUACUCCCGCCAGCACCACCAACACCGGAAAUUCACAAACAAACAAUGUAAAUAGCAAUAGCAGUAGUAGUGCGACGACCACCGCUGUCCCAGCAGCCAUCAGCCAUCGCACCCCAAAAUCUUCCUCAAAGUCGUCAUCGAACGCUCAGUCGACCCGCAAGAACCCGCCUGUGCGAAGUACCCGCAAAAAGCGACGGAAACUGUCCACCUCCGAGGAGGAUGAAAGUGACGCCAGUGAUAUGGAUUAUGACUAAAAAUCUGCCACCACUCAAUACCUAAUUUAUUCUUUCAUACACACAACCACACCUCCAUACUAUCAUUUUGUUUUUAGAAGUUCUAUGAAUACAGAUGUAAAGGAAUGCACACUUUUAUUACGCUAUACAAUAACCCUACGAAUUUCAGAAUUAGGGUUCGAGUAGCAGAGAUACAUAUUCUGAAACUAUCCCGCGUAGUAUUUUUCCUCAAGUUUUUUUCCUUGCCCCUCAGAUACAUAAUUUCGCACCAUUCAUCCCGUGCUAUUGUUAUUCACUCACCCCUCCCGCUGUAGAUGUAAGGAACAUAAAUAUUGUUUGCCAAUGUGAAUCCAAAUAGAAAACACAAACACACACACACUUCGUGAAGAUGUAGUUUUCAAGACUAAUGGAUCAAAACCAAUAAAACAAAUUGAAAAGAACUGUGAAAAAAUAUAUAUAUACGCGAAGGCGUAAAAAUGAGCACAUUUUUAGACCCUUUACGGAAAUGAAACGAAAUGAAACAUAGAGAUAUUAAUACGUAGACAGAGUUUAUGUAUCCCAAACUACGCAAGAGAUGGAAGCUCAGAGGGACUUAACUAUCAAAAAUUGGAUGCGCAAAGCGAAGUGAGUAAAAUUCAACCGUAAAACCCCUAGACAGAUGUUUUAUGAAAUAUAUUUAAUUACUGGGAGACAAACAAGUAAAACAAAGUUAGGAAAAGAACGGAUCGGAUUCAAUGUUUAUAGUGGAUACAUCAAAAAACGUCGUUGUGUUCUUCAUGUGGAAAGAGAGGAACAUUGGACGUGGAAAUAUUUAAUUUAUUGAACAAAACAUAAAAGGUGAUUGGGAUAAGAGAGCGAGAAUGGGAUGUGUGAGAAGGGCAGCAAAAAAUGUAUAAUCUGAAUUUUGAUCAGUUGUUUUGAGGGAGUUAUCAUAUAUGAAUGUGUGUUGCAAACGAAGAAGCGAAACCAUGCAAAUAAAAAAAUUGUAAACAGUUUUACUCAUAAGGAUAGUUCGGUAAGAAGGAGCUGCAAAAUAGACACGAGACCACUAUGCACAGCGAAGACAUUUAGACUAUAGAGAGCUCCGAGCGGUGUCUCCGUAGAGCAGAUGUUAUAUGCGUGCUUGUGCGAGCCAACGAUUGUAUAUUUUUGUAAAUAUAGGAUAUAUCUUUUUCUCUCCCUAUGUGAUUAGCGAGAAUAGAAAGGUAUAAAUUAAACGUUUAUGAGGACAAAUAUAAAUGCAGUGUUCUGGAACAAGAAAAAGAAUCACGAAAACGAUAAAGGCAGAGACUUUAUUUAAAGUGUUUUUAGAUAAAUUAUUUAUAUAAAAAAGAAAUGAAAAAGCGAAAAAAAUGAAUCCAGAUGAAUUUGUAAUUUAAUUUAGAGUUAAGGCAGAACAAAACAACACAAUUUUCAGGAGUAAACACACAUGUUCGAAAAAUGUAUAAUCGAAAGUUUUUUUUUUAAAUUUCUGUUUCAUUUUAUUCAAAUGAGUCAUGAAAGGAAAACAAAGGAGAAUAAAACCUGUAGAUAAUUCAAA